AUGGUGUCUUUCUCGAGGGGCCUCGCCGGUUUGGGUCAUGGCAUGGCCGCUCUGCGCUCGCCUUGCCAGCCCCGAGCUGGGUCUGCCGGCAUGAUUUAUAAAUCGGCUCACUCGUCCGCAUCAGCCACUCGGCUGCUGCUACCGUCCUCUCCGGGCUGCCAGCUCUUCUCGUCCUUCUGCCCGCGAGCGGCACAGCGAGCAAGACCCAAGGUCAAGGCAGCACCGCCACCUCCGCCUCCAUCUGGGACUGCACGCCGCUCACCGCUUCCGCCUCCGCCUGCUGCCAGCUCCACCUCUUCCUCCACCGCUGCCGCCAUCCGCACGUUUGCCGACCAGCUCGGCCGCCGGGCCGCUCCCACGCUCCUGUACGAGGCACCAUCGCACUUCUGGUUCCGGCUGUCGUGCACGAGCGCCGGUAUGUUCUGCAUCGGCUACACGAUCGUCAACUACUGGUCCAUCUACCUGCGCCCGCCGCCGGACUUGGUCUGGUGGGUACCGCACGCUUUUGGCGUCAUCUGCGUCGUCAUGGCCGGUCUGGGCGGCUACUUCAUCCUCGGCGGCGCCCGCAUCAUCCGGUCGAUUCACGCUGUGCCGGCCUCACGCAUCGCUGCCCUAGCUGGGCCCAACUUCGCCGCCAAGGCGGCCAAGGCUGCCGGCAGCAGCACGCCCGCGCCCGUCUUCCUCGAGGUCGAGAUCGGCCGCAUGCUUCCGGUCUUGCCGGCUCGCAAGCUCUACGUCCAGCCGGUCGCGAUGUCUAUCCCGUUCCGCCUCGUCUCCUUUGGCCUCGAGGGCGAGCGCAUUGGCGUCGAGGCCCCCGAGGCCGCUGCCACUUCCGGCGGUGCUGCUUCCCCUUCUACCGGCUACGAACGCGUUCUCGCCCGUCGCGCCGAAGAGGAGCGCCGCAAAAAAUCCCACGAGUACGAGAUGAACCACCUGAUGACCGCGCCCUUCCGCCACGCCUGGCAGGGUGCCCGCGUCGCCUGGGUUGGCGUCCGUCGCGCCUUUUCUCGCGAGGGCUUCGUGCCCGUCGACGUCGACGGCCAGAAGUAUAAGCUCGACGUCACCGGCGGCUGGGCGCUCGAGAAUGGCCGCGCCCUCGACCGACUCGUUACCAUCAAAGAGGGACAGCUGUAG